UUUUUUUUUCAGUGCUUCCACCAUUUUUCUUUUUGAAGUGAGAUAAUGUUGAAUUCGAUGCCUCAAAAAAGUUGAUCUCAUCGUUGACCUCCUGGAAACCAGAACCCUAGUGUCUCAAUUCAAUGUCGUGGAAAGCACUGAUUUGGGGUCUCACAUGUACAAUCUUUGCCCUAAUUCUGAAAUUGUUGUCGGUUGUGAUAAUCGGAGGUCGGACGACGAGAAAGAGAGCUGUAGGGUUCUUCCACCCCUACACCAACGACGGCGGCGGCGGAGAGAGAGUUCUGUGGUGCGCCGUAAAAGCCAUCCAAGAUGAGCGUUCUGAUCUCGACUGCCUCGUCUACACCGGCGAUCACGAUGCUUCCCCCGAGAGUCUCAUUGCUCGAGCCAUCGAUCGCUUUGGAGUCCAAUUGCUUUACCCUCCCAAGGUGGUGCACUUGCACAAAAGGAAGUGGAUUGAAGAAGCAACUUACCCUCGCUUCACUAUGAUUGGUCAAAGCUUUGGCUCAGUUUAUCUCUCAUGGGAGGCUUUGUCCAAGUUUACCCCUCAAUAUUAUUUCGAUACUAGUGGAUAUGCUUUUACCUAUCCAAUUGCCCGGAUGUUCGGAUGCAAAGUUAUUUGCUACACACAUUACCCAACAAUCAGUUUAGACAUGUUAUCUCGUGUGCGUGGGCGGAGAUCAUUGUAUAACAAUGAUGCCUUAAUUGCUCAGAGCAUUUUGCUAUCUCAGUGCAAAGCCAUCUAUUACUUGUUCUUUAGCUGGAUGUAUGGGAUUGUUGGCUCUUGUGCAGACCUUGCAAUGGUGAACUCUUCGUGGACCCAAUCGCAUAUUGAAAAUCUUUGGGGAAUUCCGGACAGAAUUAAGCGAGUCUAUCCUCCUUGUGAUACUUCAGGGCUUCAGGCGCUUCCAUUGGAAAGACCUGUGAAAUCUCCAACAAUUAUAUCUGUUGCUCAGUUUCGUCCAGAGAAGGCACACACACUACAACUUGAGGCAUUUUCAGUUGCCAUUAGAAAAUUAGAUGCAGACACGCCUAGACCCAAGCUCCAAUUUGUGGGUAGUUGUCGGAAUAAGGCAGAUGAGGAAAGAUUGCAAAAUUUGAAAAACCUAGCUAUUGAACUGAAGGUAGAAGAGGACGUGGAGUUCUACAAGAAUCUGAUGUACAGGGAAUUGGUGAGACUUUUGGGUAGUGCUGUUGUAGGGAUCCAUUCCAUGAUAGAUGAGCACUUUGGCAUAUGUGUGGUGGAGUACAUGGCCGCAGGUGCCAUACCAAUUGCUCAUAAUUCUGCUGGCCCAAAGAUGGACAUUGUGUUGGAAGAAGAUGGACAGCAAACUGGAUUUCUUGCUCAAAAUGUGGAAGAGUAUGCUGAUGCCAUCCUAAAAGUUUUGAGUAUGCCUGAAACUGAGAGGCUCAAGAUGGCUGCUGCAGCAAGGAGACGGGCUGGCAGGUUUUCCGAACAGAGAUUUUAUGAAGAUUUUAAAUCAGCAAUUCGGCCAAUUCUGUCAAAUUCUUCCCAGUGAGGGAAAAAGGGGCUGGCAUGCAAACUUGUUAAGGCUAGAGUGAUCGAUCUCUACCUUUUUAUUUUUUUAAUUAUUUUUUUAGAAAAGUGGAGAAAGUUUUGUCACUGUAAAAGGAUUAAGUUUUAAAUCAGUUUUUACUAUAAUCAAAGAAUUUGAGGAGGUUAAGCUAUUGGUUUGGAAAUGUGACUUGAAAGCUUCAACAAUGGCGGACAUUGAAAAAGACAAGAACGCAAUUUUAUUAGAAGUGGAAAUUACACAA